CUCCGACUUGCAGUUCUUUGGUUGUGCUUCUGUGGUACUCUUCGAGCAUCCUUCCAUACCCACGCUCAUUAGGGCACCUCGAGUCCUCCGCAACACACAACCAUGGGCAAACCUGACGCCCAACCCAAAGCUAAAAAGGGCGGGUCAGCACUCAAAAAGCUGAAGUCCACACUAAAAGAGGCCGGUGUGCUUGGCAAACACCACAAAAUCUCCAAAAAGAAGAGCGCAACACAUCGAGCCUCUGCUCUCUCUGCCCGAAAAGAAGCCGUUCAAACAUUGCGAGAUUUAACGUCUAGACAAACCAACCCUUUCGAACUCCAAUUCACUCGCACAAAGCAUGACGUUCUGAACCGUAAAGUCAAGGGCGCACAAGGUCGUCCGGGUGCGGUUCGCAAACGAGGAGAAGAGAAUAGGAAAAAGACUCUAGCUGUCGAGAUGGAUCGGAAACGAAAAGAGUCGGCAUUUGUGGAUCGGCGAUUUGGUGAGAACGAUCCCAGUAUGUCCAUGGAGGAUAAAAUGUUGGAGCGGUUCAUGAAAGAGAGGUCAAAGCGGUCUGAUAGGGGAAACCUAUUCAAUUUGGAGGAGGAAGACGACGAGGAAUUGACGCAUCUGGGUAAAUCCUUGUCCGAAGAUGCAUUUAACGAUGCCGGGUUUAUGCGGGUGGAAGAUGAUGAGGAUUCCGGACAAAUUGAUCGAAAUACUGUUAGGUAUACUCAUUUUGGAGGAUUCAGUGAUGAUGAGGAAGUGGAAGGCGAAGAUGGAAAGAGAAAGUCAAAGAAUGAAAUCAUGAAGGAAAUCAUUGCAAAGAGCAAAAUGCACAAAAGGGAAAGACAGUUGCAAAAGGAACAAGAUGAUGAAUUAGCGGAUGCCCUUGAUGCCCAAUUAGAUGAUAUCCGUAAUCUCCUUGUUCCAAGCAAGACACCUCCCACGGAACGAUCCACUACUACAAAAAGUCUCACAAAUGAGCCAUCUACUGACUACGCCGACUAUGACUCUUUUGUCCGAGAGUUAGCCUACGAGCGCCGUGCAAAACCCACCGAUCGGAUGAAAACCGAGGAAGAAAUCGCCACAGAAGCCAAGGCGCGUCUCGAAAAACUCGAACGAGACCGCCAGAGACGGAUGAUGGGAUUACCGACCGAAGAAGAAGAACACGAAACGCGUCGUAAAAAUGACUUUGCGGCUCGGAAACGCGUCUCUCAGGCGGAUGAUCUUGGGGAUGAUGAUUAUGGCAAAGCUGUCAGUGUCAUGUUGGAGAAUGAGGAGGAAAAGCCCUUGACGUAUCGCAAUGGAGUAUUGGUCAACGAUCAAGUUUUUAUGAGUAAGAAGAGAAAGCUAGAGGCGGCCAGUGAUGAUGAAGACGAGGAUGAGGAUGAUGAAGAGGAGAGCGACGCUGAUAGCGAGCAGAGUGGGGAUGAUGACGUGAAUGGUUCAGUAGAGUCCGAUCGAGAGGAUGAUAGCGACAACGACGAGGAAGAAGAUGAUGACAAUGAAACUGAAGAAUGGCAAGUCGAGGAAAUUGAUGAAGAAUUUGGGGAAGCGCACGGUGACGAAGACGCAAGCCAAGACGAAGAAUCCGAAGCAGAAGAGAGCGCACCAACCUCCUUGGAAACGAAUGACGCAAAACCUGCCCAACCCCGUUUCAAGCGAAACCCUGACCCAUCCGCCGCCUCCGAACUCCCCUACACCUUUAAAGCUCCAGAAACGCACACAGAGUUUCUGGGACUUGUCAAGGACAGAAACCCAGAGGACCAGGCCACCAUUAUCGAUCGGCUGAGAGUAUUGCACCAUGUGUCAUUGGGCGGGAACAAUCGAAAAACAUUAGAGACUCUCCUUGACAUCCUAUUCGAACACCUGGAUUACCUCUGCUCACAGCCCACACCUUCCUUCAAGACGAUCCACCAUCUGAGCCCCCACAUUAUUAGCCUCUCCCAGCAAUUUGCUUCCCAAUCCGCAGAGUACUUUAUUACAACAUUAACAACUCUCGAAAAACGGCUUUUAAAAAAUCUGGGAUCGGGUAAAGGCUCCAAAGCAUGGCCAGACCUGCACGCCCUCGUAUUACUGAAACUGGUUGCCCGCAUUUAUUCAACAUCGGAUUUGGUUCACCCUGUCGUCACACCCGCCAUGAUUUUGAUUGGGCAGUACCUUGCCUUAUGUCCCGUUGUAAAGGGGAGAGAUGCUGCUGUGGGACUGUUUUUAUGUGAAGUCGUUUACGAGUACGAAACCCUUUCCAAACGCUACGUCCCCGAAGUCAUCAACUUUUUUGGAAACCUUCUCUCUUUGUUACUCCCCCUAGAAGAGCAUACUACGCAAGCUGAAUUCCCUACGGCUCCCAUCCUAGAACCCAAUGUGACGAGUCUACGCAUCAAGGAUUGGUCGGAAACGCUUACACCACUUUCACUUGCAUCCCUGUGCCCCCAAUCGGAGAUUCAUAAUCUCUCCCUACUAAACACAUCACUCCAUCUCUUGACCCGCUUUGCAAAACUCUACACCGACACCUCAACUUUUUCCACCAUUUUCUCUCCAUUCCUCCCCCUUUUAAACCGUAUCCCCCCUUCCCCCCUCUCAACACCCGCCGAGAAAGCCAUCAACACCAUCAUAACAAUCUCCAAAACAGCACCCCUAAAACGCCGUCCCCUCCUCCUCCAAAAACACAAACCCAUCCCCAUCCAAACCUACGUCCCCAAAUUUGAUACUCAUUACUCAAUUGACCGUAAAAAGCGGGAUCCAAAUCGUGAGAGAGCCGAGAAAGCUAAAUUGAAAAAUGAGUAUAAGAAAGAGUACAAGGGGGCUGUUAGAGAGUUGCGCAAGGAUGCGGCUUUUGUUGCCCGUAAGAGGUUGGUGGAGACCAAGCAACGGGAUGUGGAGUAUAAAAAGAAGAUGGACAAGAUUAUGGGACAAUUGGCGAGUCAGGAGGGUGCCAUGAGGGGCUAUGAAAGGGAGAUGAAAAAAGCAAAGGGGAAAAGGUAGUAGUAAAUCAUGUUUUUAGGUGUAUUUAGGUAGGAUAUGGAUAGGCGAUACGAGGCAAAAAAGCAAUCAGUAUGUAGAAUAUAUAGUGUAGAGGUGACAGAAACUGGCACUAGCUACUACACCAGGGAAUAAACCAGCGACAACCGGUUCGGAAAAGCUAAGCUACUACU